AUGUGGCCUAGAGCGCGCCGCCGUUGCUGUGCCGUGCUAGCAGCAACAACUGGGUUAUGUGGAGCUGACUUUCUAGCCCAAACACCUCACUGAAAAAAAUACAUUAUAUACAGCUACACGCAUUUUGUACACGCCUGUACCUGAGUCAACAUGCCUCCGAAGAAACCCGCCCCGGCCGCGGGAAGUAAAAAAACUCAAGAGAAGAAAAAGGAAAAGAUUAUUGAGGACAAGACGUUUGGCUUGAAGAACAAGAAAGGAGCCAAACAGCAGAAGUUCAUCAAAAACGUUACUCAGCAGGUCAAAUAUGGACAACAAAGUGCCAGACAGACUGAGUUAGAUAAGACUGGUAAGAAGAUUGAUAAGAAGAAGGAGCUGGAAGAACUCAAUGAGCUUUUUAAACCUGUAGUCGCUGCCCAGAAAGUCAGCAAAGGUGUUGAUCCAAAGUCGGUGCUGUGUGCGUUCUUCAAGCAGGGCCAGUGUACUAAAGGAGACAAGUGCAAGUUCAGCCAUGACUUGUCGAUGGAGAGGAAAUGUGAGAAGAGAAGCGUCUACGUGGACGAAAGAGAUGAAGACCUGGAGAAAGACACUAUGGACAACUGGGAUGAGAAGAAGCUGGAGGAGGUGGUCAACAAAAAACACGGAGAGGCGGAGAAGAAGAAAGCCAAAACUCAAAUUGUGUGUAAGUACUUCUUGGAUGCCAUAGAGAACAAUAAGUACGGCUGGUUCUGGGUGUGUCCAGGAGGGGGCGACACUUGCAUGUACCGGCAUGCCCUGCCACCUGGCUUUGUACUGAAAAAAGACAAGAAGAAGGAGGAGAAGGAGGAAGAGGUCUCACUGGAGGAGCUGAUAGAGAAGGAGCGUGCAGCUCUGGGUCCAAACGUGACUCGGAUCACCCUGGAGACUUUCCUGGCUUGGAAGAAGAGGAAAAGGCAGGAGAAGGUGGAUAAAGCCAGGGAGGAGAUGGAGAAGAAGAAGGCUGACUUUAAGGCUGGAAAAUCGCUAGUGGUGAGCGGCCGAGAGGUGUUCGAGUUCCGCCCUGAGCUGGUUGAUGAUGACGACGCUGAGGCUGACGAUACUCGAUACGCCAACGAGGAUGAAGAAGAUGAGGAGGAAGAGAUUGGCACUACAGAGGUCCAGGACAUAGACUUAUCCCGCUUUGUUCCACAAGAGGUCGACAAUACAGGCAUUACCGUAGCAUCCACAGACCGGUUCAGCUUGAGGAAUAAGACGGGGGCAUCGGAAACAAACGAGGAGCAGCUGAACGGAGCUUGUGGCGGCGCCGAGGCCAACGGACUUUCAGGAGUGGACGGAGGUGGAGAAGGGGGAGGAGGGACGGAUGAAGAGGAGGUGCCUGUGGACGAAAACCUGUUCACGGGAGAAGAUCUGGAGGAGCUCGACGAGGAAUUUAACACACUGGCGCUGGAAGAUUGAGAGGGUCGCCGGAGGUGGAAGUUAGGACGGGACUAAGUGGCGAAGUGAUGGACUGAUGGAUGCAUGGAGCUAAACAACAAAGAGACCAGACAUUUGAAUGAUUUUACAUUUCAGAGACUCCCGUAAUAAAGCCUGAUUAUAUCAAGACAUCACUGCCUGUCUCUCUUCCCCAUCCCCCCACACACACAUCCAUUUGUUCUGGGGUGAUCAGGUUUCCACAGCAGAGCUAAGUGUGUCACAGUCGAAUGUUUCCACUGGAAGAGAACUUGGUGGUUUUUGUGCACUUUUUGUUGCUUGACAAACUUCCUUGUUUAUCCUGACAUUUGCUUUAAACAUUUAGGCUUCGAUUUCUUCUGUUUAAUCAGAAUUUAAUAUUAAAAUGAUUUUAGGCCAGUUGUAAGGGAUUUUCAAAAUGAAAGCACUAUGUGUACUAUGAGACAGGACUUCAGCAAAUCUAAUUUUAGCGAUGGAGUUUUCUAGUCAAAGUGGGAGAUGAACGGGAGUGAUUCUGUUUUAAGAAAAAUCUGUUCAGAGCUUCAACCAUGCCAAAAAUCGACGCUAUACAUUGAAGACGCACUUUUGUCAUCCCUGCAGACGUUGUUUUCCUUCAACAGAUCCGUUGUCUCGUUCGGCCGAGGUGGUAGCUCUGCUGAAAAAUCUCGUGUUGUGGAAAUUUCCUGCAACUUUCCGAGGAAGGAAAGGUCCAGACCUCGCUUCUCAGUCAUUGGCCCAAUCUACUGACACCAGAUUUGUGCCCGUUUGCCAGCCUGGUAUUGUAAAUAAUAUUCUCAUGAGUUGCCUCCAAACAGAAUAAAAUGACUGUACACCCAG